UUUCAUUUUAGGAUGAAACGGAAGAGGAAGACCUUUAAGGCCCCUUGCAUUAUGGAUGAGGCUUUACGUGUGCGGGCAAGUCCCUCGCUACCUUGUACUAUUGAUGGAGCAUCUUCUCCAUAUGUUUCGAGGAUGAAACGGAAGAGGAAGACCUUUAAGGCCCCUUGCAUUAUGGAUGAGGCUUUACGUGUGCGGGCAAGUCCCUCGCUACCUUGUACUAUUGAUGGAGCAUCUUCUCCAUAUGUUUCGAGCAUGAAGCGAAAGAGGAAGACCUUUAAGGUCCCUUGCACUAUAGAUGAGGCUGUACGUGUGCGAGCAAGUGCUUCGCUACCUCGCACUAUGGAUGGAGCAUCUUCUUCAUCUGUUUUAUCUCCAUAUACAGUAUCAACUACUUUAACACGACGAGGUCGAGGAUUUGCCUGAGGGAUAAAGGAAUGGGGUACAGGCACUAAGAUCCAAGUAAAAUUUGAUGAUAAGUUUCAACCAGUGGAGGAUGAUGGCAAAAAGUUGAAAGGACAAUUAGGGUUGAUCGUGCGCAGCGGGCAUAGAGUCCCACUUACAUAUCUCAGUUGGAAUGUGAUGCAUGUUGAUAUAAAGGAGAAUAUUUGGCAAGAGGUGAAGGACAACUUGGUAUACUGUCUAGAUGAAUUCAAGGAGGUUUGUAUGCCACUUUGUAGGACAUCGUGGAAAGAUCAUAAAAGCAAGACAAAGUCCAAGUAUUGGGUUCCAUUCAAGAAUGAUCCGGAGAUUGCUUCUAGAGUACCUAGUAACAUAGUGCCAACCCAGUGGAGGAAACUUGUACAAUAUUGGGCGAGUAAAGAAGUGCAGGCGAUUGCUAAGAAGAAUUAUUCUAAUCGGGGAUUUCGUGGGCCUCCACAUACGACCGGAAGGACAUCUUUCUCAGAUAUUCGUUUCAAUAUGACACAUAAAGGAGAGCAAAUAGAUAAGAUGAGUCUCUGGAAGAGGGCACACAACCUGAAUGAUCCUGAUGUGGUAGCAAUUGUGGAGGAAUAUAAUGCGCAUCUUUGGAAAGUUCCUAAGGAGCAACAUACGAUUGAGUAUUGCGAUGGGAUUUACCAUAAAAUCCUUGGGAAGGAUGGACAUGGGUAUUGCAAGACCUAUGGGAGAGGAGUGCCCUGGAGUGCGGUGUAUGCGCGAGGAAGCGGCCCAUCCCAAUCAUUAGCAACCCCUUCAUUUAUUGAUGAGAUCACACAGCGUGUGACACAAGACGUUGAGUCUAGGUUCACUACGAUGAUCAAGAACCUAACGGCACGUGUUUGUUCUUAGAGUCACAGGGUGUGGCUGGGAGUAUGAGCUUGAGAGAGGUGCAAUACUUACAAAUUGAUGAAUUUUACGUUUUAUCAAUUUGUAUAUAUACAUAUGGAAAUUAUUAACACAUUAUACUAACAUAUUGUAGGUGUCAGAUGCAUCUAGUGGGCAACAAGCUUCAAAAGAAAAUGAAUAGGUAUGCAUUUCUCUGG